GACUAAAUUAUCCUUGAAGUCUUUCAACCAUUUAAUCCACUCCAAGACGUAGCUUCCGACCUAUCACAACCGUCCAAGUCUCCCAUCAUGAAAGGCCCACUACCCAAAGCCAUCAAUCUGACCACCCAAUCAAAACCCACAACCCCACCAAAGUUCUCUCCAAUCCCAGCCACCCAACUCAUCAAGUUCUACACUGACAAGGGGCUGCUCAAGGAAGCACGUGAUGUGUUCGACGAAACGCUCGAACGAGAUGUGGUCACGUGGACGGCAAUGAUCGCAGGGUACGUGUCACAUGGCCACCAUGAACACGCAUGGGCCAUGUUCGUGGACAUGAUCAAGGUGGGCCAGGGCCCCAACGCGUUCACGAUCUCGAGUGUCUUGAAGGCGUGUAAGGGCAUGGGAUGUGGCCAACGUGGGGCCCUGGCGCAUGGGCUGGCGGUGAAGAAUGGUGUGGAUGGAUCCAUGCAUGUGGGCAAUGCGCUCCUUGACGUGUAUGCAACGUGUGGAGGUAGCAUGGAUAAUGCAUGCAUGGUGUUUGAUGGAAUACUGGCCAGGACUGCUAUCACAUGGACGACUAUGAUUGCCGGUUACACGAGGAGAGGAGACGGGUAUGCUGGGAUCCAAACCUUUCGACGGAUGCUUCAGGAGGGUGUAGAACUGAAUCCAUUCAGCUGUUCAAUCGCAGUUAGAGCUUGUGCUUCAGUUGGGUCUCUGAUUCUCGGCCAGCAGAUUCAUUCUGCGGCAUGUAAAUAUGGGUUUGAGUUCAAUCUCCCUGUUGCAAAUUCUCUAGUUGACAUGUAUUGCAGAUGCAUGUGCUUACCAGAAGCAAAACAAUAUUUCGACGAAAUGCAUCGGAGAGAUUUGAUCACUUGGAAUACUCUGAUAGCUGGAUUCGAAAGAAACGGGUCCCACGAGUCAUUGCAGCUGUUUUCUCAAAUGGGUUCGCAAGAUUUGGAUCCAAAUUGCUUUACAUUUACCAGUGUCGCCUCCGCUUGUGCGAAUCUGGCAGUUUUGAAUUGCGGUAAACAGGUUCAUGGAGCGAUAAUUCGAAGAGGUUUCAGCAGGAACUUAGCUUUGGCGAAUGCACUCUUGGAUAUGUACUCAAAGUGUGGAAGCAUAGGUGAUUCAUGUAGGAUUUUCAAUGAAAUGCCACAGAAGGAUCUGCUCUCAUGGACAUCGAUGAUGAUCGGCUACGGGACCCAUGGAUAUGGAAGGGAGGCGAUUGAGUUGUUCGAUCAGAUGGUUGGUUCUGGAAUCCAACCAGACCGUGUUGUGUUCAUGGGUGUUCUAAGUGCUUGUAGUCACACCGGACUUGUCAAUGAAGGUUUGAAGUAUUUUGCUUCAAUGGGUAUCGAUUACCACAUUGUUCCGGAUCAGGAGAUUUAUGGGUGCAUCGUGGACAUGCUUAGCCGGGCCGGGAGAGUUACAGAGGCUUACAAUCUGAUAGAGAGAAUGCCUUUCGAAGCUGAUGAAUCAGUCUGGGGCGCGCUUCUUGGGGCUUGCAAAGUGCAUAGAAAUAUGGAUUUGGGUAGACUGGCCGCCGAAAAGAUCUUGGAUUUAAGGCCUAAGGGGGCUGGGACUUAUGUCAUACUUUCAAAUAUUUACGCCGCUGAUGGCAAGUGGGGUGAAUUUGCGGCAACAAGGAGGUCGAUGAGAGGACUGGGUUGUCGGAAAGAGGCAGGGAGGAGUUGGAUUGAAAUGAGAAAUCAGGUUUGCAGCUUUGUUGUUGGUGAAAGAACCAGUCCUCAUUUGGAUAUAGUUUAUGAAGCGUUGGAGAUGCUGAAUAGGAACAUGAAACUACUGCAGUGUGAGUCUGAUUCGAACUGCUUGCUGCAUGAUUUAGAAGAGGGGAUUUGAAUGUGGGGAAUUUGAACUGGGAUAGAUGUUUCUGGGACUUGAGAAUACAGGGAAUUAGAAUGAAGAUUGAUGCAGUAUCAUCAUCAAACAGGUGAAUUUAGCACAUUGAUAACCAAUGAAUGGAAAUUGCAGAUAGGUAUCGAUUUAUUAG